AUGGCUGGCUCUAUUCUCUGGCCCCUCCUGGGGGUCUUGAUUUACUUUUUUCUCCGCAGAUCCAUCAAUCCUCGCCUCAAACACAUUCCUAUCGUUCGUUACCGGUGGUACGUGCCCGAUGUACUCAACAGACUCAUCUUCUAUCCAAGGGCUUCAUCGAUGAUAUAUCGGGGCUACAAGGAAUACCCACAUCGACCCUUCCGUGUACUCACAGGUGAUGGCGAGAUUGUUGUCUUGCCAGUGAAGUAUCUGCCUGAGCUGAGACACCUUCCACCUUCUGUCAUCAGCUCCCUGGAUGCACAAUACGAGAAUGCCCUGGGAGAAUACACUCAGAUCAUAAUCAAUAGCUAUCUCCCUUCCAUGACCGUUCGGAAACGCCUGACACCAUCUCUUGCACGAGUGAUCCCAUGGGUGAUAGAUGAACUCCAUCGAGCCUUCGAUGCCGCCAUUCCAGAAUGUGAAGACCAUUGGGCCCGCAUCUACCCCCACGAAGUAUUCAUCCACCUAAUCACCUGCGCCACAUCUCGCGUCAUGGCAGGCGACUCACUCUCCCACAACAAGGAAUGGCUCAAGACAGCAACAAACUACUCCGUGAACGUGGGUGUAACCAUCUUACUUCUCCGCCCAUUCCCAGUCUUCCUCCGACCAAUAGUGGCAUUCUUUCUCCCCUCCGUCCGCGCCAUGAAACGCCAGCUGCGCUUCGUGAAAGAUCUCUUCGUCCCAAUGAUCAACGAGCGGCGUGCUGCUCGCGAAAAGGCAACGGCUGAAAAUGACCCAGGGUAUGAGGCCCCGGAUGACUUCUUGCAGUGGAUGAUGGAUAUGGCGGAGGACGAGCAGGAUAUGGAUCCAGAGCUGUUGGCGCAUCACAUGCUUCUGCUUAUGAGUCUUGCCGUUGUGCAUACGAGCUCCAUGGCAAUGAGUCAUGCACUUUACGACCUGAUUCUUAUGCCUGAGUAUCUUGGUCCGCUGCGAGAGGAGGUUCGAGAGACGCUGAAGUUUGGGUGGGAGAAUGCUACGAAGGCAUCGUUUGACAACCAGCGGAGGAUGGACAGUUUCCUGAAGGAGUCUCAACGGUUUGGGCCACCAGGGGAAUUGACCUUCCACCGCAUCUUGAAAAAGCCUUUGACCCUAUCAGGCGAUCUCUUCCUGCCCGAAGGAACUCAUAUCUGUUUUCCCGCAGGACCCCUCAGCAAAGAUCCAGCCGUCAUCGCCGAUCCGCAGUCAUUCGACGGAUUCCGCUGGUGUCGGAACCCGACAGACCGGCACGCUUUGUCAACAUGUGCCGGUGGCGCAUCCAUCACAGACGAGAAAUAUGCUGAAUCAAACGAUACCGAAGAAUCGUGGGAGGACGGGCGCACACUCUCACUGGUCCCGUCGACAUCCACCAGCUUCGUUAGCAUCAGCCCUUCAAGUAUGCAUUUUGGAGCGGGCCGGCAAGCUUGUCCGGGUCGAUUUUUUGCAGCAUGUACGAUUAAAGCGAUCUUCAGCAAGAUUAUUAUGGACUAUGAGUUUAAGUACGAAGAUGGCAGGGGUGACCGCAGACCGCAAAAUCUCUGUGUUGGAGAACACAUUUUGCCGAACACUAGUACGCCAGUGCUAUUUCGGAAAAGGGCCGUUGACACGAUUUAG